GCGUGGAACGAGGAGGCGGUCAAUUGACACUUCAAAUGGCGGCGAUGGGAGGGGGAGAUCAGGGGGGACAACAACAGUCGGAAUGGGCGAGAUUCAAAGAGGUUCGCAAAGCCACGCUGACAGGGACCUUCAUCAAAAGGAGAAUGGCACGAUGCAGAGCCGAAGGAACCACGAUUUGCAUGGAGAUCGGCCCGGAGAUGGCGAGGGUGCAUGUUACAUACCUGCGUGCACAUAUCGUCAUCAUAAGAUUCGGCGGUACACUGAAUGAGUUCUCCGCGGGAAUGAAAACAGACCUCAUUCGGCGAUGGGAAGACACGUGGCCAAAUAUGGCGCGCGGCAGAUUCCAAGGGAGAAUCACGGUAGACAACAAUGGGACAGCCACGUAUUGGGCACCGACGGCGCUGCUGCGGAACUGGAUGAUAGAUCGCCGAACAAAGGAGGAGGUGGUGAUCGAUGGCAAGACAUGCAAGGCACGCUUCUCCGCCUGGGAAACACCGGUGGAGAAGGAAUGGAACCACAUGAUGGAGAAGAAGAACCACCCGUGGGUCAAGUUUAUCAAUCCUUCGGCUUUGACAAGGCCAUACUUACACGUGGCAGCGAACCAAGUAUUCGGGGAGGUUAUCAAUGAUGACGGAGAGCAGAAUAUCGAUGAACAUGGGAAGGAAGAGAUUUGCUUUCAGCUGCGACCUCCGCUUAGACAAAUCGGCCUUCAACGACUUGCUAUCCGCCUCCAUUGCUACGGCCGACCGGAAGUACGAUAUCCCACCAGUGAAACGCCCUGGUGUACAUUAUGCCGGAGGCCGGGCCAUCUGGCCGGACAUACGCGCUGCCUCUCCGCACAUGAAACGGAAAGGGAACUAAGUAGAAGCUUGGGUGACGUGGCAGGGGCAUCUAAUGCAAGAUUCCUGUCGAGGAUGCAGAUACAUGAAGGAGCAUCCAAGGACGCAUCACCCCGAAUCUCGGAGCACGCAUCGAGACACUCUUCGCCGACAAGACGGAGACAACAUGAUGGAGCGGCAACUGCGGCACACCAUCAACAGCAAGACGACCGAUCAAGGACUGGGGUUCGCAGAGAUGAACCUCCACCACCGGAGAAUGGGCAGGUAACAGGCAGAGGGGGAAGACAGGAAGUAAGACAGGAAGAGAAAGAACGGAUGGAGAUAACACGAGGAGAGAUACAAGAAGUGCCAAUACAAGGAGGGGAGGGGGACGAUGGAAGCAUGAACAUGCAACAAGAAAGAAUGGAACAAGCACAAGGAGGGGAGGGGGGGGACGGGGACGACGAAAUGGACACUUCGUCCUCGCCGUUAGAACAGGAUCAACCGCUGAUGAGGCGAACAUAUGGAAGGAAGGAAGUGAUCCCCCCUCUGGAUCAUAUAAUGGAGGACCAUCAGACCUCAACAAAGAUGGCGACAACGGGGGAACAACAACGAAACAGGGAGCAGCAGACGGAUAUCGUACUGGGAUCAUCACAAAUGGAAGUUGAGGAGCCAGCUAGACUGGAAACAUCGCAGGAGGAGGGUCCUCCAAGACAACGCGAUACAAAUAGGGAGGAGAUGGCUAUGGAGGAUCCGUGAUAUUUCACAGCGAUGGCUGCAGGAAUGAG